AUGGCUGAGCCCGGUCUAAUGCCAACGGACCUGGCAAGCCAGUAUCGGGCCAUAUACCGCGCGCAGUUCAAGGCAGACGUCGCUGCAGGCACCAAGCAGCCGCUUUUCUUCCAUUUGCUAUUGCUGGGUAUUCACAUCAUACCAGCACUAUAUCUGGCGAUCCCGCACAAGCGUCGCCCCUGGCUCUACCAUGCGCGGUGGCUGGUGCUCGCAGCCACGACCUCUUUCCAUGUGUGGAUGAUACGCACUACCUCCAGUACGAACUUUGCAUUUGCAUAUGGGACGGGACUAGUGGCCUCCUGGGGGAUUAUCUGGAACUUCACCUUGUUGGUCUGGACGAGGCCGCAGUGGGAUGCCAAGAGGGUUGAGAGGUUCAAGAACACACGAUCUCGGGGGGAAUCAAGUGCGAGCAGUGCCAAUGGAGAAGUAGGAAGGAGACCAGGCGCUACGAAUGGAGCAAUCGGGAAUGGUCCCGCAACACAGGCAAAUGGCCAUACCACGCCUGCUGCUACUACAGCUCUUCCAGAAACAAAUGGCAAUGCAUCCCGUGCCGGCCCCGAGCAGAGACUGAGGGAUCGAAAGAGAGCCGCCAAUGGACAUAUGUCUAAUGGCUCAGCAGUGGAAGGGGAAGAUGGAGAACGGCGGAUGCAGGAGCCACAUACCGCAAUAUUAGAACGAGCGAAUUGCAACGGACAUAGUGAGGUGCCAGGAGAUGUCAAUGAGACCAGCGCAAGCCAGCAAUUUGUAUACGAGUGGCAGGAAUUCCCGGAGAGCGCACCCUUCCUUACGCGCCUCGAUUGGGCCGUGGACAUUGCUACCACGAUGAGGAUGACUGGUUGGAAUUGGGCAAUUCCAGUGCUGCCCCCUUAUCGGCCUCCACCAUGGUUCAGUGAGGACAGCGUCAACCAGCUACCCCUUGAAUUCGUACGGAACGACAGCCGCCAGGGUUACACGCGCGUGCGAACCCGCGGAGAACUCUUCUUGGGGCGUUUUGUACUCUCCAUGCUCCCGGCCUACAUCAUCCUCGACGCCUGCGCCACCUUCAUGCUGCAGGACCCCUAUUUCGUGCUCGGCCCGAACAGCCUCCCGCUGCCGCCGCACCUGGCGGCGAUGAACCCGCUGUGGCUGUCCUUCCGCCGGACUCUCUACUCGUUCGUAGGCAUCAUCGCGGCGCUGCAGAUGGCCUGGAACUUUGGCGCCCUGUGCCUCGCCUUCCUCGCCCCGCCCGUCCUCGGCUUCCGCGCGGACCCCUGGCAUCUUCCCACCAUGUCGGGGUCGUUCCUCGAGGUCCUCGACCGCGGCCUCGCGGGAUUCUGGGGCAGCUGGUGGCACCAGACGUUCAGGUUCGGGUUCGCCGCGCCGACGAAGUGGCUGAUUCGCCAGGGGUACCUCACGAAGGGGUCCACGGCAGCCGGUAUCGUCGGCGCGCUCAUAGCAUUCGUGCAGUCCGGUUUCUUACACUCGAUGGGCAGCUACACGACGGUGCCGGAAAGCCGGCCCUGGGACCCACCGAUCUUCUUCUUCCUGUCCGGGGUUGGCACGCAGUUGCAGGCGGUACUUGCGCGUCUGUUCAAAGCUCGCAUCGAACAGAUGCCUCGCUGGGUCAAGAGAAUCAGCAACCUUGCAUUUGUAUUCAUAUGGCUUCACAUCACCUGCAAGUUCUUGCUGGAUGAUUUCGGCCGGAGUGGGCUGUGGCUGUGGGAGCCAGUCCCGUUCUCUUUCGUCCGGUGGCUGGGGUAUGGCAUUCCAGGAGACUUUUGGUGGCGAUGGGACCGGGACUCAUUCCCGCGCUGGUACACCGGCAAGCAUUGGUGGACCUCAGGCAUUGGUAUUUAA